AUGCACUUCCGCCCGCUGCUCGCGGCUUCUCACGUGGCCAUCGUCGUGGCGGGUCCGAAGCCGUCCGCCUUCGGCGCCUGCGAGGGCGCCUGGGACGUCUUCCGGGGGAAGCUGGAGGCGAGCGCGGCGGGUGGCUUCCCAGAAGAUGCGGAGCUGGCGCAGCUGGCGGAGGAGCUGCUACAAGAGCAUUGGCCCGCUUUGCAGCCCGAUGAAGGCGCCAUCUACGGCAUGGCCCCAGCGAUGCAGAGCUUCUUUGGUGCCUGCAACGCUCCGCCGGAGGCAGAGGUCGAGGCCUUCUGCCUCUACGGCGCGGUCAGCGCUCUCUGGGUCUCCGCGCGGCAUGUGCCAACAGAUCGAGAGCAGCGGGACGCGCUGCUGCGGCACGGGGCGUUUCUGCUGGGGGAGGCCAUGCGGAGCACCCUGGACUUUAUGGAGGGUUCGGGCUGGCCCAUCGACUCUCUGGACAUCUUGGCGAAUUUGGGGCGCCCGAACUUCCGGCUGCCGCCCGAGCUUCGGACAUCCUACCGCCUCGAACCUCCGGCGAAAGCGACCGCUCCGUCGCUGUCGUCGCAGCUCCGGGUGUGGGAGAUCGGGGUCCAUGCGAGUCUGUCGGCGGAGCCGCUGCAGAUGUGGUCCCGCGUGCUGGCGAAGGACCUACAGCACCGGAACCUGAUCCGAGACCAGUACCCCAAGUGGCUGCCGGACAAGUGCGCUACGCUCUACCAGCAUCCCAAUCUUCACUGUGACAAUGUGCAGGACGACCUGACCCAGCUCUUUCGCGAGAGGAUCCCGCAUAGCGCCGUAUCCAAUGAGCCGGUGGAGGACAUGACGUCCUUUGCAGCCGACUUCGUGAAUUUGGCGGCCUCACGGCUGCGUGAGGUGGACGUUUUCUUGUGCACCAUCGCCUACCUUUGCCUUUUAGUGGAGGCCCUGGACGUGCCGACCUUGGGCUACUUUGGGCACCCCUUGCUCUUCAUGGUCCCCGACGACCACGUGGUGAGGGAGAGCUUCUGGGCCAAGUUCAUGGGCAUGGCGAGGAGCCGGACGGUUGCCUUUGCGGUGAGCGAUCCCUUUCUGCAGAUGCAGUACGAGUACCAGGUGGGCUCCCCUCGGCUGCCGGCGAUCCGCAGCCACGCGCUCUACACGAGGGCGUCCUACGUGCCCAGCCGCAACGAGGUGCUGGUGCUGGACCGGCCCCACGAGUCGGUGCUCAUGUGCCUCUUGCAGCGGAGCCUGGGCUCUCGCCAAGGGAGCUGGCCCACGCUGGAGGGCCGGCUUCGGGCGGCCGGCAGCGAGGAGUAUCCCUUCGGCUUCACAACCCGGUCCCUGACGGACAAGCAGUUCAGCACCUUUGCCCAGUUCAAAGCCGUGGUGCUUUGGGCAUACGACAUGGAUCUGAUCACCUUCUACGAGUUCUACAGCAUGAGUCUUGGCGCUUAG